UAUAAAAGGUUCUCAAGUUCAUGUCUACAGUUAUUUUAAAUUGAAGUUUAUAAUUAUUACCGAUAUGGCCCUCAGCGGAAAAUACAAAUAUGUUAAAGAUGAAGGUUUUGAAAAUAUUCAACCGAGAGCAGGCGGAGAUGGAAAAGGCCCUAUGAAAUUUGAGGGAUCGACAUUAGAGAUUGUUGUAAAAGACAACGAUGUCACUUUGACAACCACUUUUAGCGAUGGAAGAACUAGGAAAACAGAAUUCGAAAUAGGAAAGGAAUUUGAAGAGAAAAUGGGACCUAAUUCAAACAAGAAUUUAGGAACACUUGAAGGAAACGUUCUCACAAUUACUUCAAAGUCAACAGAAGGCACGGGAGGUAUGACCAGAAUAUAUACACCAUCAUCUUCUGGAAUAGAAGUUGUAAGUCAUCCAAAUAUUUUAAAGAUACUCUUAAUUAUCAAAAUGAUUUAUUUGUGGGGUUAAACAAGAUGUACAUAAGGACAGUUUUCUGUAAUGAACCUAUGAAACGAAUCGACAAUCUUAUUAUAAAGGGUGUUUCAAUAAAAUAUAACCACGUUUUUAGAAUAAAGGGCGAUGAAGAAACAUUUUUUAAAAUGAUUUCGAAAAUACUCUCAAAAUUAUAGUGGAAUUUUAUACGAAAAUGUUUUGAAAGCUCAUACUUCCCAUGAAUUUGUUUUUAUAUCUAACUAUCAUGCAAGGGGGUUAGUUACUUGUUAUUGUAAUUGAAUAUCGAUGAUCAUAUGAAGUAUUGACAAAGUUAUCAAUUAAAUAAAAAAUCACAAAAAGAAAAUGAAAAUAAAGACCAAGAACAUAAAAUAAAUCACUUAAAGUAAGUGUUUAAAAUGUUUUCGACUUAUCAUAGGAACGGGGUCGCCUCCCUUUCAAACAACCUAUAGAAAGAUUUACAAAGGUAUUGAAUUUAAUGAUGAAAGAUCCUUAGAGUUGUACUGGUUUCUGAUUACAACCUAAUUUUCCUUAUUUGAGUUAUCCUCUAAUAAAAAAUUGAGGUUAAUAAAACCAAACCAAGAGAGGAAUAAAAAAGAAGAGGUAUUGGUGUUUAUAGAUGAAAGGGAAUGAGUAAAAACCGUAUUAAAAUAGAUGGUUCUCGAGAGGGUGCGAUGUAUAAAUCUUUGCCUAUCUCGAGAAACAUUUCACUAUCAUAUAUUGUACGAAAUUCGACGAUUUAACGACUGAAACUUACGGUAAAGUAUUGAAAGUGUUUAGUGACGACUCUGUGAACUUCGGACAAGAAUUUGAUCGACAUAAAAUGCUUAAGGUAGGCCUUGAAAUCGUGGAAGACGAAACGCGAUAAGAAAGAUCGUUCGAGGUGCUAAAAUGCACUAACACGUUCCUAAAAUGGAACACGUAGUGUAAAUAACGUAUUUUCAAUCGAUUGAGAACGUUCAAACUAAUGUACCAAGGGUGUUGUAGGAGGUCCCAGUCGAACACUUGCUGCAUUGUCUCGAAAAAUUGGUGUGUAAUUUUCAUAAAAUUAAUUACAUUACAUGUCAGAUGCUGAAUAUCAUAUUAACGUCAAUCAUCGUACAACUGACGAUGCACCUAUUGCACGAUUAUAAUGAUGGUUAUUCAGAUAGUACACAACUUGCAUUUCAAUAUUUGCCUAAUUCAUGAGGACAACGUUAUCUGCUUAUUCCCUUCAACGAAAAAUGCAAUCUACUGAUAUGAUGAUUAAUUCUAUAAUGAAAUUCAAUGAUUAUUAUCAAUUAUAAUUUGUUUUUUAGAUCCACAAAUUCAGUAAAGGUGAAGGAAAAAUAUUAUAUCAACGGCAAUAGAGACGACACGUUUAAAAUUUAUUUAUAAAUGUAAUAAUGUUUCAGAUGCAUUGUUGUUUUUAUAUAAUUUUAAAAUAAAAUAUAAAGCCUU